AUGAAGAUUUUUAGCUUUAUCACAUCCAUCCUUAUAAUAUCAUUUAGUGUUUCGGUUUUGGCUUACGAUUACUCAUCAACAACUCUCAAGAUACCGAGCUUGACUGACCUCUCGGCUCUUGAAGAUGACCUCUCAUACUCUUUCUAUCAAGAGACAUGUCACGAUGUUGAAGGCAUCAUCUAUCGAAAAGUCAAAGAAUGGGUUGACAAGGAUCCCACACUCGCGCCUAGUCUCCUAAGGCUACAUUACCACGAUUGUGUUGUUCGGGGUUGUGAUGCGUCAAUUCUUUUGGAUUAUGAAGGGAGUGAAAAGACGGCGAAUAUGAGCAAGUCACUUAGAGGAUUUGAAGUGAUUGAUGACAUAAAAGCCGAGAUUGAAAAGAAAUGCCCAAAAACCGUGUCGUGUGCUGAUAUUCUAACAACUGCAGCUCGAGAUGCCACAGUUCUAGCCGGUGGAAGGUAUUGGAUGAUCCCUUUUGGCAGGAAAGACGGUCGAGUUUCACUUGCUAAGGAAGCAACAAUAAUCCCUAAGGGUUCAGAAAGCGUCACGAAUCUUAUUGAGUUUUUUCAGUCCAAAGGACUCAAUGUGUUAGAUUUAGUUGUCCUUUCAGGUGCCCAUACAAUUGGAAGGACCACAUGCGAGUCAGUGCAACAUAGGUUAUAUGAUUACAAAGGAACAAACAAACCCGACCCAUCAUUGGACCCAAAAUAUUUGAACUAUUUGAGGAGAAAAUGUAGAUGGGCCUCUGAAAAUGUGUAUCUUGAUGGUGAAACACCAAAUAAAUUCGACACACAAUACUACCACAACCUCAAGAAGAAUAUGGGGCUCUUAUCGACCGACCAAUUGCUCUACUCGGACUCAAGAACUAAACCCAUUGCCAAUGGUUUAUCUUUUGAAUCCUCUAUCUUCAAAAACCAAUUUGGUGUGUCAAUGAAAAAGCUUUCAAGCAUUCUCGACAUGACUUCACAAGACGAAGGAGAAAUUCGUGUUGAUUGCAAACAUGUGAACUAUUGACAAACUUUAAACUA